GAUGCAAAAAUACCCAAGUUUGAAUCCAAAUUAAGAAUUUGAUAGAAGUAUAACAAUUUCAAAUUUGAAAUUAAGUCAUUUAGAAUAUAAAAAUGUUGAGGGAAAGGUAGUUUAUAUAAGUUAAUAUAUAGAAUUUGUUUGAGAGAGUGAAGGGAUUUUAGAAUUUAGUUGGAUCUUUAAGAAAAUAGAAAAUAAUUCUUUAUGAGAGAAGAAAUAUGUCUCCACCUGCUCAAGAAUGUUAUGGUACAAAAUAAGUUUAAUAAUAGGAAUGGACGAUUAUGGAGAUAUAUUUUAUGGAAUCAACUUUGCAUCUGCUGAUUAUUUGGGAUUAUGUACUAAUGAAUAAGCUAAAGUAAUUCAUUUUAAAAUUUAUUUUAGGAAGCAGCUGCAACUGCUGCUUAAGAGUAUUCAGUAAAUUCUUGUGGAGCACCUUUAGCAUUUGGUGCAUCAAAAUAUUAUAUGUAAUUAAAAGAAGAGUUAAAGGAUUAUUGGGGAAUGAAAGAAGUUCUUCUUUAUAGUGCAGGAUGGUUAGCUGGAUUUGGAAUAAUCAAAGGUUUAAUAAGGUAUUUCAAUUGAAUUAUAAAUAGACCUUAUGAUUUUGUGGUAAUGGAUGAAUUAUGUCAUAAUUGUCUCACUGAAGGAGCAUUUGCAGCUACAAAAAAUGUUUCAAGAGUUCCACAUUUGAGUUUAGAAGCAAUGGAGAAAAAAGUAUCAGAAAUUAGAACUGCAAAUCCUGAUGCUUGUAUUCUAGUAGUUACUGAGGGUUUGUUUAGUAUGGAUAGUGAUUAUACUGAUUUGGUGGCUUUAUAAAAAUUGACCUUGAAAUAUGAGGCAUUUUUAUUGAUAGAUUGUGCUCAUGAUUUUGGAUGUAUGGGAAAGACUGGUAUUAAAUUUAAUAUAUAUAUAUAUAGGCAAGGGAGUAUUUGAAUUGUAAGGUCUAUAAGAUUUCUCUAAUGUAUUAUUAAUGUCUGGAGGAUCAAAAUGUUUAUCCACAAAUGUUGGAUGGGUUGCUUGCAAUUCAUUUGAAGUUAUAGAUUAUCUUAAAUUCUUCUCAUCAGCCUAUAUGUUCACUAAUUCAGUGAAUCCAGUUUAAUGUGCUACUGCUCUAGCUUAAUUAAGAAUACUCAAUAGUGAAGUGGGUAGUAGAUUAAGAAUUAAAGUUUUGGAGAAUUAUCAUUAUAUGAAAAAAGAACUUAAUGCCAGAGGUUAUUAAAUAAUUGGUUAUCCAUCUCCAAUAUUACCUUUAUUGAUUGGCAAUGAAUUAGUGUGUAGAGUAGUAACAAGAUUAAUGAUUGAUGAAGGAAUUCAUUGUAAUGGUAUAGAAUAUCCUAUUGUAAGAAUGGGAUAGGCCAGAUUAAGAGUCAAUUUAUAACCAUAACAUACUAAAGAGUAUCAAUUUUAAUAUUAAUUUUAGACAUAUGGACACAUUCAUUGAAACUUUCCAUUUUUGUUUCAAUAAAGCUACUAAAAUUGUUUAAGAAUCUUUAGAAAAAUAUUAAUUAGCUUUGGAAUAAUAAGAACAGGCAUAAUAAGCAAAGGAGAAUUAGAAUAAAGCUAAUUUCAAUGAUAAUAGAAUGGAAUUAAAAAAACCAAAUUUAUGAA